UCUAUGUCGAUAACUAUAUUCGAUAUCUCGAUUUUUGUGCUAAUUGGCAUAGUGACACAGUGACAGGUCGCAACAAUGUCCAACGUUGGAGACACCGAAAAUCCCUUUGCAGCUCUACUGCAGCAGGGUACCGAGGCCAAUAGCGUUUCCAAGCAGCUGAUCGAAUCAAUUUUACUCUUUACACUGAGCAAAGAUGUGGACACCAGUCGAAAUAAGGCGCUCCUUUGUCUGGCCGAUGUCGUCGUGGCGGACAAUAGCAGCGAGGACACGCUUUGCGUUGAUCUGCUUGCACACGCCCUAUUCGAACGUUUAAUGCUGGACGACACGACGAAAUAUCUGCUACCAGCUGAACAGGUAAAUCAAAGCCAACAGGAACAAGCGCUGGAGAAACGAGCGAUGAUCUAUCUGCACGGUGCGUUCGCCAGAUGGGAGCAACUACAGCGCACUUGCAGUAUACAGGACAAAAAGCAUGGCAGUCAAAUACUUGACCUAAUUUUAAACAAUGCAAGCACCUGCAUGCGCCAGCCAGAUCUGUUUGCCCCCCAAUCCUUUUCCAGCCAGUGGCUGGAGCUAUUCGAACAGGCGGACGAGCAUGAUGUUAGUACGCAGGAAUUUCUGGUACGUGUUGUGGGUAAGGUGCUAGAAGAAGUUGAACCUCUGGAAGCCCUAGGAGCUCUCAAGGCCAUAUUCUAUCCCAUGCUGAGUGAACUGCAGAAACAAUUAGCCAAGGAAAAUUUGAUUACAAUACGAAAGAAUAUAUUCUGGAUAUUUGGUUUCUUUGUGCGCGAAAAACGCGCCAGCGUGCUCGGCGAAUUGCUCAUUGACUUCACAACACCCAAUCCAAAGGCUAAAGGUGGGGAAUAUAUGGAUACGUUGUUCGGCCAAUUGCUGUGCAUAUCAAUUAUGCCCAAGACACAAACGGCACCCUAUGAAUUCUUUCGCGAUAUAUCACUGAUCUCGCAACAAUCCGAUCCCACCCUCUGGCAGCUGUUGGCGCAUCAUCAGCAGGCCAUGUUCACGCUCAUCAAACAACUGCUCGUUCAAUCCUCAACAACCAAGAAGAAGACACUGCAAUGGAUUGCAAAUUGUCUGGAUGCAAAUGUGGCGCGCGGCCAUCUCUGGAGCACCAUAAACUUGAACCUGGAGCAGACCGUACAUAGCACAGCCAGCGAUGCAUUUAUGACCAGCCUCAGCGCUGUGCUGAUGCGUCUGUGUGCGCCACUCUGCUCACCUGCGCUAAAGGUGCUCUUAGUAGACCCGACUUAUUGCGCUGUUUCGGACAUAAUGGAUCGCCUGACAAAGGGCGUCAACAUGCUGAAGGCCUAUGAGGAAACCUGCCUGCUGCCCAUGGAAGAGGGCGAGAAACGUUUGACAGCUGAAAAGUAUAAUUUUAUCACCGAAAUCUUCUAUAUGACGCACAAGGCCUUCGAAUUGGGUAAUCGAGCGUGCAUUGAACGGUUGACUCGCAUGAUGCGCGAACUGCAGAACACUCAGACCGCUUACCAGGAUGUGGCAGCCAGUGAUCCCAACAAUGAUUUGACUAAGAAUCUGUUUCGCAUGCUGCAGGAUCAGAUGCAACAGGUGCUCUGCAUACGCAAUGGCUUGGCCGAGCCGGAAAAUGACACGGCAAUACUCAAGUUUUUUGAGGCGUCGGCCAUUUGGCUGACUGAGAUUGCAAUGCUGCCUCGGGAAUGCUUCGAGGCAGCGCUGGACAAAAAGGACUUUGCACCGCAAUUGAUGCGCAAUCUGGAACUGUUGUCGGAGACGCCACCGUUUGUUGCACCGUAUAUGAAGUCAGUGCCGGAGAAUAUCAUUGACAAUAUUGCGGCAUAUUUGAAUUUCUGUCGCAGCUUUCCCGGCGAUCAGUUCAUACAGCUACACACCAGCUCGCACGAUGCAUUCUUCAAGAUGAUUCUGCUAUUUAUGGGCAGUUCGGAGCUGGUUAAGAAUCCGCAUUUGCGCGCCAAACUGGCAGAUGCCUUGGAAUUUCUCCUGCCCUCACAGAUGUCCGGUAGCAAUCGCAAGGUGUUCAACACGCACGUCUUCGAUAGCCAUCCGGAUCGCCUGCAGGUGGUGCGCAGUCUGCUCAAUGUGUUUGUCAGCAUUGAAAUGACCGGGCAGUCGGUGCAAUUCGAACAGAAGUUCAACUAUCGUCGCCCCAUGUACGCCAUCAUGGAGUUCCUGUGGACCAAGGAGGAGCACGUCGAGUGCUUCAGACAACUGGCCAGGGACGCCGAGAGCAGCAUGGAGGCCAUUGAGCCGCCGCUCUUCUUGCGCUUCAUCAACCUGCUUAUCAACGAUGCUAUUUUCUUGCUGGACGAGUCGCUCUCCAAUCUGGAGCAGAUCAAGCAGCUGCAGCAGGCUCAGGACAAUGGCGAGUGGAACAAUCUGUCGCAAAGCGAACGACAACAGCAGACCACCAACUUGCACCAUCUGGGCAUGCUGGCACGUUUCGACAACAUUCUCGGCCGUGACACCAUCAAUCUGCUGAAGUUGCUGACGAGCGAGAUCAAAAGCAUCUUCUGCCAUAACAGCAUGGUGGAUCGCAUUGCGGCCAUGCUGAACUAUUUUCUCUUGCAUUUGGUGGGGCCACAGCGCGAGCGGUUCAAGGUUAAAGACAAAAAGGAGUUCGAGUUCGACCCGGCACAAAUGGUGCUGGAAAUAGCGCACAUUUAUAUAAAUCUAAGCACUGACAACAGCUUCUGCCUUGCCGUUUCGCAGGAUGGCCGCUCCUACAGCGAUCAACUCUUCGGCUAUGCCGAAAACAUCUUGAUACGCAUCGGCGGGGGUCAGCUAAUCGGCGACAUGGCCGAAUUCGCGGCCAAAGUGCAGAAAAUGGGCAACGAUUACAAGGAGGAGCAGGAACUGCUGGCCGAUGCGCCCGAAGAGUAUCUGGAUCCGAUUAUAUCGACGCUCAUGACCGAUCCGGUGGUGUUGCCCAGUUCCAAUGUGACCGUUGAUCGGUCCACAAUUGCUCGCCAUCUGCUGAGCGAUCAGACCGAUCCAUUCAAUCGCGAACCCCUCACCAUGGACAAGGUCAAGUCGAAUGUGGCGCUCAAGCAAGAGAUUGAGCAAUGGAUCGAGGAUAAACGCAAUGCGGCGCGUGUCAAGAGUUGAACGAUCCAACUGGGCCAGGGCAAACGCGCUUAACCAAAGAAUUAGCUCGUUUUUGAGGGGUAACCGGAUAAGGCUUUAGUUUAAUGUAGUUUUCUCUCCUUACAAUUCCAGUUUAUGUACAAGCCACAGCUAUGUAUGAUCCGUACAUAAACAUAAUUUCCAAUCCAAUUUGCAAUUUACAACAAAUUCUUCAAUUUUAUGGGUGA